UUGGAGUAGCUCUCCUCUGCGCGAGGCUCACCGUUUUGGGGUUUGGCAGUGAGUGAUGACUACAGCACGGGCAGCUAAAGUCUAGCUCUAGCAAUCUAGCACACACACACACUAAAAAACACACAGAGAAAGAGAGAGAGAGACAGUGGAUGUCACAAAUGAACCGUGGCAGGUGCAGAUUUUCUACUUGGAAGAAGCUGGAUAAUGCAAAUGAGUUGAAAGGAGAGAACAGCUUUGUAUGGAUUUAUCUGUCUGAUUGUAAUCUGAUGUGAUCCUACUUGUUUUGGAAGAUCACACAUUGUUCAAGAGGACCCGAAUUGCUUCUAUUCUGCUUAAUUUCUGGGACUUUGCAUUCUAAAAGAACUGGUCUUAAAGUUUCUGCAUCCAGUUUUCAAAUCUUUCAUUGAGAAAAAGAAACUAAUGGCUAUCAAACAUUUUAAGUGCACCCAUAAAGGGUGCACUUAGCGCACUCUCUUCGGAGCGUCAAUACAAUGCCUGGAUUACCCAUUUGACUGCCUUGUGAACCCGUGUGAAAUCACCACGGAGGAGGUACGGCAGGGGGCCGAGCGGGUGGGAGCUGCAUUCCUCCACUUGAGACUGAACUGAGAAUCCAACAUCCUGACUGCCACUACAAGCCGAUCGGAUACAAACGCUGUAGGGACAGGAGUGGAACCACCCUUCACGGUCUGGGUCAAAGGGAUUGGCAGAAGAAUGCUGGCGCCAGGUGCCCAGGGGCAGGAUGGCGUUGUGUUGGCAGAGAGCUACGGUUGUUAGAUGGUUCCUCUUGAUGCUCCUGUGGCACUGGGCACCUCUGGGCCCACUGAGCUGGUUUCUGGCUCUGGCUGAGCGUCUGGACCAGAAGACCUCACCGUUCUCUUCUAUCUCCGGCCGGAGCAGCGGCCAGCUGGACUGGCUCCUGUCUGAUAAAGGGCCCUUCCAUCGCUGUCCAGAAUACACCGAGUUCAAAGAACGCUUCCAACAAGGCUUCUCCACACGCUAUAAAAUCUACAGGGAGUUUAGUCACUGGAAAGUGAACAGCUUGGUGACAGAGAAGAGAGACUUCUUCAAAGCCCCGCUGCCUUUGGCGCCUGAGUUUUUACGCAACCUCAGGCUUCUGGGGAGAAGGCCGAGCCUCCAGCAGAUCCAUGAAAAUCUGAUCAAGAAAUAUGGCACUCAUUUCUUGGUAUCAGCCACAUUGGGAGGAGAGGAGUCACUCACGAUCUUCUUGGACAAACAGAAGCUGAGCAAAAAGUCAGAGGGCAACGGAAACAGCUCCGUGGUCUCCCUAGAAAUCUUGCAUCAGUUGGCGGCGUCGUACUUCACAGACAGAGAGAGCACCCUGCGAAGACUCCACCACCUGCAGAUUGCAACAUCUGCCAUCAAGGUAACAGAGACCAGAACGGGGCCUCUUGGAUGCAGUAACUACGACAGCCUGGAUUCCGUCAGCUCCGUCUUAGUGCACAGCCCAGAAAAUAAAAUCCACCUGAAAGGUCUACAGGAUGUGCUUCCUGAGUUUCUGCGGAAUCGUUUUGUGGAGGCGGCCCUCAGUUACGUGGCGUGUAAUUCAGAGGGCGAGCUACUGUGCCGCAACAAUGACUGCUGGUGCCGCUGCUCCUCAAAGUUCCCUGAUUGUAACUGCCCCUUCGCAGACAUCAAAGCCAUGGAGGAGAGUCUGCGUAAGAGCAAAGAGAACUGGAUCAACCUCAACAAUGACUUCAUGGACUCAGAUGAGUUCAAGGCCUUUCUCAAGAAAUUGCCAACAGAUCAUUUUUUAAACACCUCUGCUGUCUUAAAGUUCUGGACGUCAGAUCUGGUCCUGCAGAGACGUUAUGGUCUGCUGGAGGCGAGCACUAAAGUGGUGCUGGGAAAAGCCAUCAAGAUUGUGCGCAAACUCUUCACUCUCAGCAAGCGCUGUCCUACACAGCCAAAGAUCAGCCUGCCUAGAGAAAGGACUCUGGGUUUUUGGCUCAACAAAGCCCAGUCUCUGUUGUACUGCAGCGAGCAUGGUGUGUACGGCACCUUCUCCGAGGAAAUGCAGGGCUGCAUCUGCGCCGCUGAGCAACGCACUGUCUGCCAGGGCAACGUGCCAUGUAAGGUGGGUGAGGGGACCCUCUGCUCGUCCUGCGCCCCAGACAACAUCACCCGCUGUGGCACAUGCCUCCCAGGCAGCAUACUCCAUAUGGGAUUCUGUCGUCCCAACAUUGCCAACUCUUUGGACCACUACGUCAACUUUGACUUUGACAUGCCGGAUGCAGAAAUGCGUUACCUCCUCCAAAGGCUCGACAGCCGCAUGGAGGUCCACGCCAUCUACAUCAGCAAUGACGUGCGUUUGGGCAGCUGGUUCAACCCGGCGUGGAGAAAGCGCAUGCUGCUCACCCUCAAGAGCAACAAGAACAAGUCCAACCUCAUCCACAUGCUGAUGGGGAUCUCUUUCCAGAUCUGUUCCACCAAGAACAGCACGCUGGAACCCGUGCCUGCUAUCUAUGUCAACCCCUUCGGGGGCAGCCACUCUGAGAGCUGGUUUAUGCCCGUCAACCAGCAGGACUUCCCAGACUGGGAAAGAACUAAAUUGGAUGCCUCGCUCCAGUGCUAUAACUGGACCCUCGCUCUUGGCAGCAAGUGGAAGUCCUUCUUCGAAACGGUGCACAUUUACCUGCGCAGUCGCAUAAUCACAGAUGAUCCCACCGUCAACGAGACACUUUUUUAUGAGCCACUGGACCUGGACGACCACUCGGCCAACCUGGGCUAUAUGAAAAUCAAUAGCCUGAAGGUCUUUGGCUACAGCAUGCACUUUGAUCCAGAGGGGAUCAAGGACCUGAUCCUGCAGUUGGACUACCCCUACACGCAGGGUUCGCAGGAUGCGGCCUUCCUGAUGCUUCUGGAGAUGAGGGACCGCAUUAACCGGCUCUCUCCGCCGGGAGCCCAGCCGCUGGACCUCUUCUCCUGCCUGCUGAGGCACAGGCUCAAGCUUUCGUCCAGCGAGGUGGUGCGCAUACGGGAGGCGCUCCAGAGUUUCAACGCCAAGCUCCCCAACUCCACCGAGCCAGAGCUCAGCCAGCUGUGCAGCUAGCUCAAAUGAGCCUCUGUCGCUCGUUUUUGCCUGCCUGUGAGAAUGUAUUUGUAAAUGUGAUGAGAGAGAAAGGGAAAAGAAAUAUAUUGUCAGUGUGCGUGUAAAUGUUUGUGGAUGAGAUUGUCUUUGAAUCCUCUUCCUUUGGGCAGCAAUUGUAAGAAGCAGAAUUUUUGAUUGUGACUGAUACAGGAGCGUACCUUAGAAGCCGUAAGUUCCCAGAAUAUUCCCUUGCUGAGAAAACCUUGUUGGAUCUAGCCUACAGUCAAACUACUUAGUGUCUUUGAGUAAGGGUUCCUUUUGAGACGAUGGGGAUUUUAACUAAGCGGACUGCCUCUACAUGAUUCAUGAAAAUGAACAUUUUAAGUGAGAAUAUAGCUACGAUUUCUUAGCACGUAUGUGCUGGAGUUGCAGUUAUUCUUGGUGAUGUCAUUGUUCAAGAUGAAUCCAGAGAAUCGAUCUAUUCCGAUGUAAAGUGUCGGAGAACAGUGGUCCAAUGGUUAUAACAAUCAGCAAAGAAUCAAAUCCGUGCUUUUCUAUUUUAUCUGGAGUCACAAAUCCUGUAUUGUGAGAUCUGUAUAUCUGUAUUUAAUGUGGGACUGAAUUGCCAGAAUGUUGAAUAGAAAUUCCUUUGUAUUUAGAGAAAUGGCUAAACCAAAAGGUAAACAUGAAAGCAAAUUGAAUGGCAAAAUUUCUUUACUGUUUUUUUUUUUUAAAUGUUCACUGAAAUCUCUUUUGAGAAGGCAACCUUAAGGUUGCAGUACAUACUUACAAUAUUGUUUUGAACAGGUUUGUGGGCCGCUUUGUAAAUACUGCUCAUCUCAUUCAAGACGCGAAAAGCCUCACAUUGCUUCUUGGAUAUAUACAGAUAAACACCCAUAUUUGUACUUUUUUGAAAGUACAAAGACCAAAAAAAAAAAAAAAACACACUUCAACAAAACAAUUGCCUUACGAAGUGAAGUCUCUGUUCUGAUAUCAAAGCACACCUGGCUGUAUGUCUCUCUCUUUAAGAAGAAAAAAAAAAGAUUUUAUUUCCUCUUUCUUUUUUUUCCCCCUCAAUACUAAAUUCUGAUUUCAAUUACAGUGACCUCUAAUCUGUAUAUGUCAGUUUUUAAUUGAAGUAUUAUAUGAGGAGUGCAUUACAUGUUAUCUAUGUGCAAAUACAGAGCAACAUUUACAUCACCUGGUUCAAUAGCUUUGUUUUCCACAACAUUUCCCUGCUUUUCUAUUAGACGUAUGAUGAUGUGAAGACGCAUAACUGUAAUACAUGAAUUCAUUUAGUAUCUCUACAUCUAGAGGCAAUUAUUUCCACUCAGCAUUUAAUAACCAUACAUGUACUGCUUAAGUGUUCUUGAUUAAGUUACUUGGGUUGUAGCAUUUGUCAGCACAAACAACCACAGAAUUACAGCCUUUGACAACACAGAACAUUUAUUACUGCUUUUUAUAUAAAACUGGAAUGUGUGGAAAUGUCUGUGAAAAUUGCAUAUAUGCAUCAACAUAAAAAACGAUCAGUUUUCUGUCAAGAUAAGAUGGAUCACACAAUAUAUGGGGAGCAACUUUUACAGCGCUACAUAAAAAAACCCAGAAUAAAAAAGUGCAAUUUAUGCGGUUGUCAUGGAGAGCUGUAGGACCUUCACAUUGUCUGUCACGAUAUAUCUGUGACUCAACUGUGAAGGGGGAAAAACAGUCUCGCUAAAUUCAGAAGAUGGAAAUCACAGGGAGUCUGUAAAUAUGAGUUGUUUAUCUUAAUGUCUAAGACAGGAAUCAGUUUUCGCCCUUCAACAAAUUGUCAAGACAGUGAAGGACGCCUAAUCAAUCACAACAGCCCUAUGUAAACUGGCAUAGCCUCGCUCUUGAGAAACAGAGUCUGAAUAUUUCUGUAUUUUAUGAUUUAUGACUAAACUGGCUGGCGUUACAAUGUAUUUUUUUGUAACACUUUAUAAUAACUUUCAUAAAUUAUACUUAUAAACAAUACUUACAUAUAUACUGUAUACUACCGUCCAAAGGUUUGGGAUUGAUAAGAUUUUUGUAAAAUAACUUUUUUCAAAUAAACCUUUUUAGUGUCUUAUGCUGUAACUCUUUUCUAUUGAUAUAUUUUAAUAUUUAAUUUAUUCCUGUGAUAGCAAAGCUAAAUUUUCAGCAGCCAUAACUCCAGUGUUCAGUGUCAAACUAUCCUUCAGAAAUUUUUUCUUGUAAUUUCAAUGUUGAAAACAGUUGUGCUGCUUCAUAUUUUUGUGGAAACCGUGAAAUAUUUUAUUCCCGGAUUCAGCUGCAUUUAUUUUAAAUAGAGAUAUUUUUUGUAACAUCGUAAAUGUCUUUAUUGCCACUGUCAUUUUAAUAGGCCAUUGCUGAAUAAAAGUAUUAGUGUAUUAAAAAAAAGAAAAAAAAGAAGAACUCUUACUGACCCCAAACUUCUGAACUAUAGUGUAUAUAAAAUUAUGAAUAUUACUUACAUAUGUAUAUCUAUUUUAUAUAUAUAUAUAUAUAUAUAUAUAUAUAUAUAUAUAUCAUAUGUAAUCUAUUAAUAAGUGAUCUUUAGGCAUUAUGUAGGCAUAAUAUACUGUUCAAAAUGCAUUAUAUAAAAAUAUAUGAAAGUUAUUAAAUAGUGUCACCUAUUUAUCUCAUGGACAUGCAUGUGAGAUAUGAAUCAUAUUUUUAGUUUAUUUGUUUUUUAUCCCCCAAUCUAAUAUAUUUCUGAUUAAAAUCGCUCUAGCCAUCAUGGUCUCAUUCUUGUUUAUGUGCACAGAUGACUGAGAAAGCUAUUACAUUUUUCUGUGCAAAAGCAUGAGAUGAAAAUUCAUUAUUCACCGAGGCUAUGACCAUCAACACAGAUUGUGCUGCACCUAUUGUAAUUCACUCUCGUGUCAAAGUGAACAUACUAAUGUCUAAUCCAGCCAUUUUUGGGGCUCUAGUUUAAAGAAUUUAAGCUUUCUUUUAGCAGAUUUCAAGUUAACUUCCACCAAAUAUCUAAAACUGUACUUUGUAUUUCAUUUGAGGCUUUUACCUUCAAUGCAGGCCAGGCAGCUUUCAGAUUCUUUACUGUAACAGUUACAAGCAGCUUUGUUUUCAUUUCUUUGGGAAUUCACCAAGGGUUUUAUUCUGAUAUUGCUUCUCAGAUACACAAGAUUAUGCUUUUCUAGAAACAUGUCAAAUGUGACCUACUUUCAGGCUUUUUCUGCACGCCGUUUCAGUGACUUAAAAAUAAAAUGUGAGGUUUUUCAGAUUCCAGGAAAGCGUUUGAAACCCAGUCCUUAUUAGCAUAGUUUGAAAAAAAUCAAUAAAUCCUCUAAUGUGCACAGUAAUGCUGCGGCAAGGGGGCAAAAAAAAAAUUAUUUGUAGUGAAAUCAUUGCAUUAAUUAAUUUCAGCCUGUAGUUAUUUACUGAGCAUGCUCUGAAACAAAAUGGCAUGUUGUCAAGCGAAUCCAGCUCCUGGAGUUUGAGGUAUCUGUUGGCGUCAUACUAGUCGCUGAGUCAACUUACACAUCAGGACUCCUAGAAAACCUCAGAAAGGAAGGACAUUUCAUCUCUGUUCUUAAUUCCAGUUGCAAUCAUUUUCCUCCAUCCCAUCUUUAAACUUCAUUUCUGUGUUGCAGAUAGCCAGACACACAUAACUGUAUAUCUGUAUGAACACAGCAUUCCAGACAGCUUUACCAUGCUGUAAACAUCAAGUGACUGAAAUUGUAUCUCUGUAUCUCUCAUAAACAGCCUGUACAUCCACCAUUUUUUAAAUAAUAUUCAAAUAACAUUUAAUCUCAGAGGGUUCAGUCCAGGGUCCUGCCUUCAGCCUCCAUGCAUUGCCGUAGUGCGACAUAUGCUUUUUUUUUUUUUUUUCAAUGUCCAGAACCAAAGUGCUGAAUGUAAAUAGUCUGACUGCAUCCAUUUCUAUGAGAGACAAUAUAGCUCAGUUACGAGCGUGAGGUGCCAGCUUGAAAUAUUGCAGAGGGGAUUCUGUAUGUGGUGUAUGAUUCUGUACAGAGUCAGAUAUGGGCGGCGUGGUCGUGAAAUGAAACAUUAUCUUUAUACUCUUAAGAUCAUUUCUCUCUCUCUCUCUCUCUCUCUCUCAAUGUUUUAACAAGAUGUAAAUGUUCUUAUAUGAAUUAAUAAAAGGAUGAAACAAUCCUUUCCCCCCAUGCAGUCUAA